AUGGCCUCACCUGUGCCCAUGCUCCGAGCGCCUGUCCCUGGCCGCGGGCCUCGCAAGCCGGCCCUUGGCCUUUCGAUCCCGCCCUCACCGAAUGCUCGACCCGUCGUGAACGGCUCGAGCGAGGCGCAGCCCGGCGUCGGUCGGCCUGCGCCUCCCCGUCUCCAGCUCGCGACACCCAUGGGCUCGAACACCACCCCACAAGAAGGCGGUCGCCCGCGACUGCAACUCGCAACUCCCAUGGGUUCGAGUAGGACACCACAAGGACUGCCGCCACUCCAGAUAUCGACAGGGCUCUCUGCCAACUCGAGCGACGCGAGCGCCAACUCACGAUCUGGCAGCUUCGGCGAGAACCAAGCGAACGGCUCAGCGUCAUCAUAUCAAAAUGGCUCGGGCUUCUCUUCGACAUUACAAGAGCCGGGCCAGGCCACGGAUCCCAUCUCAGCCAUAUCACAAGGUGGAAGCGAGGGUGGGUCGGCCAUGCAGAGAGGUGCGAGCAGCCAGCCCAUGCCAGACCUGGAGGCCUUGUCGCUAGAGAAGGGCCGCCCCUUGGAUGUCGAGGACCUCGACGAUAUGGGCUGGAGAGCAGCCAGCAAAAACAAGCUGAUCGAGGAGCUCGGCAGUCUCGGGGAGGGUGCCGGUGGCGCUGUCACAAGGUGCAAGCUCAAGGGCGGAAAGACCGUCUUUGCCCUCAAGAUCAUCACCACAAACCCCGACCCAGACGUCAAGAAACAGAUUGUACGAGAACUGUCGUUCAACAAGAACUGCGCCAGCGACCACAUCUGUCGGUACUGGGGCGCCUUCGUCGACGACGAUGGCACGAUCAGUAUCGCCAUGGAGUUCUGCGAAGGUGGAUCUCUGGAUGCAGUAUACCGUGAAGUCAAGAAGCUGGGCGGCCGCACGGGCGAGAAGGUGCUCGGCAAGGUUGCAGAAGGCGUACUGAACGGCCUGACGUACCUACACUCUCACCGCAUUAUUCAUCGAGAUAUCAAGCCAAGCAACAUCCUGCUCUGCCGAAACGGGCAGGUCAAGCUAUGCGAUUUCGGAGUGUCGGGCGAGUUUGGCACCAAGGGCGACGCGAAUACCUUCAUUGGCACAUCGUACUACAUGGCGCCCGAGCGAAUCACUGGACAGAGCUACACCAUCACGAGCGAUGUGUGGAGCUUGGGCGUGACACUUCUCGAAGUUGCACAGCAUCGGUUCCCGUUCCCUGCGGACGGCACAGAGAUGAGCCCCCGGGCCGGACUCAUUGAUCUUCUGACAUACAUUGUGCGGCAACCGAUCCCAACGCUGAAGGACGAGCCCGAGGCUGGUAUCAAGUGGUCGGAGAACUUCAAGUACUUCAUCGAGUGCUGCCUCGAGAAGGAUUGCCCGCGGAGAGCGACACCGUGGCGCAUGCUCGAGCACCCGUGGAUGGUGGAGAUGAAGUCGAAGAAGGUCAACAUGGCGCACUUCCUCAAGCAGGUGUGGGACUGGAAGGAGUAG